CUCACCCCAUCCAUCACACGCAUCAUUGCAUCAUUACACCCCCCAACAGCACCCAGGGAGAGAUACACACCUGGCGAUUGGAGAGAUGGCAGCAAUGAAGUCGGUCUUAUUCUUGGCGUCCACGGCCCUCGUGCUGCUGAACAGCUCCACCGCUUUCGUUUUGCCAGCAGCAAGAGUUGGACAACGAACUCCGGCGCGAUCAUCCCCCGCGCUCUGCACCGCCCCUGGGCGAGCAACCCGCAGCGUGACCCGGGUGCACAUGUCGGCGGGUUCGGCGGAUGAGGAGGAGAUGAACUCGUUGGACAAGGCCUUGGUAGCAUGGGGCGUGAAGAGCCCCCCCGGGGAGCCCGAGAUCGACUUCAAGGAGAAGAUCAAGUCCGCGGGGCUCGCGGGGGCGUUGGCCUACGGUGGGACCGAGCUCGCCUUCUGGAUAAUCAGCGUGCCCCUAGCGGUGGUGGGGUACCACCAGACCACGGGGGAAUGGCUGGACCUCACCACUCUCGAGGGCAAGGAGAAGCUCUUCGGUUUGACGGCGGGUUUCCUAACGUUCGCGCGGCUCGUGGUGCCGUUGCGUAUCGCGCUGGCGCUGGCGCUAACACCGGCCAUGGACAAGUACGUUGUGAAGGGCUUGCUCAACAAGAACGAGGCAAGCGCGGACGCGGAUGAGUGAUGGCAACGACGACAUAGGACUCUCCGGCCGCCUGAGGCAGGCCGAGAUCCAAGUGGUCAGCCGAAGUCUCCGAGACAAGCUGGACCCCUAAACGUUCUUGUCGCGCGCCCGCAACGUGUUGGCUAUAUGUUCGGGCUGUGUGCACACACACCGCGAUGUGUUAUCAAGUCCGCGGGGACGAGGGGGGGGGGGCGUACUCAUUUGUUGCUUGCCGUAGUCAUUUGACCAUUGACCACGCGUCCCUUUCGAGACGGAGCACCGUUCCUACACCUACUAGAGACAACACCAACAUUUGGGAGCUCUUUUCGUUUCUGCCACAAACUCCACAAACUCCAUAGGGGGGGGGUCGCUGUGGCCAGUACUAAAGUGUCACCUACACGAAUUGAGUCAUUUCCAGUGCCAGAGUAGAGGCGUGAGUGAGCGUCUUUCCUGCGGGGUGCUUUAGUCUCGUGCAGAGGGGUGAACUUGUUUGUACUUUUUUAUCGGUACAAGUCGACGUGCUGACUGUGCGGUGUUUAGGGAGCAGCAUAUCUCGUUGCAGAGUGUCUCAUGAACACAGGAUGGGAGCAAAGACACGUGGCUCCACAAUGUGUCGGCUAGCUCGCUGGUUGGAAGCUGUCCGGCCAACUCAGGAGUGAAUAGAUCGUGAGCCGUCCUUCAAGGGCUAGGAAAAGUAUCCCCGGUGCCAAGCUAAAUGCAUUGAUGACAGCACGGGCUCAGGGAGCGUACUUUUCCUCGCAAGACUUAGUUUUGGGUGCGAACGCGAUCGGUUGUAUUGCGGUCCGUGGCAGGUAGUGUGGAAGUUUUGAAGCAAAACGUCAAAGGGCUGAUGUUCUACUCGUAAAUAACUUUUUAUGCAUUUGGUCGUGAUUUCACACAAGCAAACAGAGGAACGACUGCUAAAACCCGUCUCGCUCGGUCAUAAGUAUCUGGUACAUAUCUCGUCUGCCUUUUCCCUCUUGUUCUCCUCAAUCGCCGCACCACUACCCGCAGUCUACCCUAGCCCCGAAUGAUAUGCGAAUCAUCUUGCCAAGACCCCAAAGAUCGACAACAACGCACCCAAAGAUCGACAACGACGCAUUGCCACAACAGUAUCCGAGAUGGCCAGUAUCUUGCCGCGCCACGGCUCUCCUCCGAUACGCUACUUCC